AUAAACGAUAAUGGCCGACAAUAAAUAAAAGAGAUUUUUAAGAUAUGAACGGUUAAUUGUAGUCAAGAAAAUGUAACACGCCCGAGGAACUCCAACGAAAAGUGAAAAGGAACGAAGCGCAACGCGAACGCAGUUUACUUCCGAUAAACAACUUCCCGCGACAAGACGUCUCACGCUAAUAUUAUAUAAAAAUAUAUAGUUAAAUAAAAAAUAACAUAAAAACAAAAAUAAUAGUGAAAAAUAAAAAAAAAACAGUGGUCGAAAAAAAAAUGAGGUGUAAUAGAAACCAGUGAAAUGUGCAAAAGUGUAAUCGAAAACGGACUCGAUGGCUCGGCGGGAAAGGUUCAAAAAAAAAAUUUUAAGACUCGCAGAAGAACGCGUGGUGUUCACAAAAAUAUGUUUUUUAGAACUUUCUUAUUCACGUUUGCUAUUUUAAGUUGUUUUAAUAGUAUUUUGUGUAAUGAAAAUGAUGUUUUGACUUUACAAGAUAGUUUGGAUGUGAAAGACGUUGAUUUGCCGACGGAUCGAAGGAGGCCGGUUAACGAGCAGGAAAAAGAUAUAUUAUUACUCGGUGCUUUAGGCAGGAGAAAAGGAUCGUAUCAUAAUGGCUAUGGGUCGUCGCAAGAAGAUGAUUCUAUUAUGGAUUUAUUGGGAAAGAUGAUACCGCAAACCUGUCGCUACCGCGGUGCCCGGUACCCCUGCGGGCUCAGCAUAUCUUGCGUGCUCGGCGGUGGUAAGCCCCUGGAUCUAUGCUCAGGCGGCAUGAUCUGGGCGUGCUGUGUGGAUCGGGAGACGACGGAGCGACCGACUGAGGUGGCACCUGUUGUGCACAAUGCUAGUUGUGGAGAACAUUUCACCCGUUCCAACCGUAUUGUCGGUGGUCAUUCAACCGGUUUCGGAUCUCACCCGUGGCAAGCCGCUCUCAUCAAGUCUGGUUUUCUGAGCAAGAAGCUGGCGUGUGGAGGCGCCCUUAUAUCUGAUAGAUGGGUGAUCACUGCAGCUCAUUGUGUUGCUACCACACCAAACAACCAACUCCGAGUCCGUCUGGGCGAGUGGGACGUCCGGGACUCAGGCGAGAGGUACUCUCACGAAGAGUUCGCGGUACAACGCAAGGAGGUACACCCGUCGUACGAGCCGGCCGACUUCAGGAACGAUGUGGCGCUCGUGCAGCUCGACAGGACUGUCGUCUUUAAGCAGCAUAUACUGCCGGUAUGUCUACCACAGAAACAGAUGAAGCUAGCAGGCAAAAUGGCGACUGUUGCCGGUUGGGGAAGAACGAGACAUGGACAGAGUUCUGUGCCUUCAGUAUUACAGGAGGUAGAUGUAGAAGUAAUACCGAAUGAACGUUGUCAGCGUUGGUUCCGCGCGGCCGGGAGACGGGAGACUAUACAUGAUGUCUUCCUAUGUGCCGGGUAUAAAGAGGGCGGUCGAGACUCCUGUCAAGGCGACAGCGGAGGCCCACUCACAAUGAAGCUGGAAGGGCGAAGCACCCUCAUAGGGCUGGUAUCGUGGGGCAUCGGCUGUGGCCGGGAGCACUUGCCCGGAGUCUAUACAAAUAUACAGAAAUUCGUGCCCUGGAUAGAUAAACUUGUCAACCCUUAG